AUGCAAUAUCACAAGCUGGCUCUUGAUGGCUGGGAACGUUUCCAGCAAUCCGGAGAAAAAGACGAGCUAGACAAGUGUAUUGCUCUCGAACGCUCCGCGAUAAGCCUUCUCCCAGACGGGCAUCCUGAUUGCUCAGUUUUUCUGUUUCACCUCUCCUUCUUUCUAAACGAGCGAUAUGGCAGAUGGUGGGAAAUGGAAGACUUGGAGGAUGCUAUUGUGUUGGGACGUGCUGCUCUGACUCUUCGCCCUGAGGGUCAUCCCGAUCGGCCUGUUUCAAUGAGUAAUCUAGCAAACUCCCUGUAUUCUCGGUACGAGAAAAGUGGACGGUCAGAAGACCUCGAAGAAUCGAUCGAAAUGGAGCGCGCCGCUCUGAUCCUUCGUCCUGACGGUCAUCCUGAUCGCGGACGGUUAGAGGAUCUUGAAGAAUUGAUUGAACUGGAACGUGCUGCUCUGACCCUUUGUCCCGAAGGUCAUUCGGAUCGAUCUAUGUCAUUGGCAAAUCUAGCGAGUUCUCUGUACACUAGAUACCAGAAAAGCGGUCAGCCAGAGGAUAUCGAGGAAUCGACAAAACUACACCGCGCUGCUCUGAUUCUUCGUCCUGAGGGUCAUCCAGACCGAGCUCGUUCAUUGGCCGAUCUAGCAUCUUCCCUGCUUGUCAGAUACGAGCUAGACGGACGGUCAGAGGACCUGGAAGAAUCGAUCGAACUGAACCGUGCUGCUCUGGUUCUUCGCCCCGAAGGCCAUCCCGAUCGGUCUCAUUCAUUGGCCAGUCUAGCAGGUGUCCUGCGCGUGAGAUACGAACAAAGCGGACGGGUGGAGGACCUUGAGGAAUCAAUUGGACUGGACCGUACCGCUUUGACUCUUCGUCCUGAGGGCCAUCCGGAUCGAGCUCAUUCAUUGGUUAAUCUAGCAGCUUCUCUACGCAUAAGAUACAUACAAAGUGGACGGUCCGAGGACCUAGAAGAAUCAAUCAAUCUCGGACGAGCCGGCCUGACUCUUUGUCCUGAGGGUCAUCCCGGCAGGCCUCGUUCAUUAGCCAAUCUGGCAAGUGUCCUGCUCCUUAGGUACGAGCAAAGUGGACGGGCAGGGGAUCUUCAAGGAUCAAUUGAACUGGAGCAUGCUGCUCUGAUUCUUCGUCCUGAGGGUCAUCCGCAUCGGUCUACUUCAUUGGCCAAUCUAGCAGUUGCUCUGCGUUUUAGAUACCAGCAAAGCGGAAAAUCGGAGGACCUUGAAGAAUUGAUCGUACUGGAACGUGCUGCGCUGAUUCUUUGUCCAAAAGGUCAUCUGCAUCGCCCCCUUUCAUUGACCAAUCUAGCGUCUUCUCUCCGCGUUAGAUAUGAGCAACGCGGACGGGUAGAGGAUCUUGAAAAAUCAAUUGAACUGAACCGUGAUGCUCUGAUCCUUCGUCCUGAGGGUCAUCCGGACCGGUCUAUGUCAUUGGCAAAUCUGGCUGGUGUUCUGCUCCUUAGAUACCAGAAAAGUGGACGAACAGAGGAUCUUCAAGAAUCGAUCGAACUGGAGUACGCUGCUCAAAAUAUCCGUCCCGAAGGACAUCCGGAUUUGUCUCGAUCAUUGGGUCUAGCGGGCUCCUUGGCCACGAGAUACGAGCGAAGCGGAUGGUUAGAGGAUCUGGAAGUAUCGAUCGAAUUGUAUCGUGCUGCUCUGAGCCGUUAUCCUGAGGGUCACCCGGAUCGGUCUAUGUCAUUUAGCAAUCUAGCGAGUUCCUUGCGCGAGAGAUUCAAGCAAAACGGACGGUCUGAGGAUCUUGAGGAAUCAAUCGAACUGGAGCGAGCCGCCCUGAAACUUCGUCCUGAGGGCCAUCUGCUUUGGACUCGUUCAUUGAGCAAUUUAGCUGUUUCACUGCGUGUUAGGUACGAGCAAAACGGACGGCCAGAGGACUAUGAAGAAUCAAUUGAACUGGAACGCGCUGCUCUGAGUCUUUAUCCUGAGAGCCAUCCAAAUCGACCUAUCUCAUUGGCCAAUCUAGCGGAGUCGCUUCGCAUUCGAUACGAGCAAAGCGGGCAGACAGGGGAUCUUGACGAAUGCAUCGAACUGCACCGCGCUGCUCUGACUCUUCAUCCCGAGGGUCAUCCGUAUCGACCUUACUCAUUGGGUAACCUAUCGAUUGCCCUAUUCACUAGAUAUCAGCAAAGCGAACGGCCAGAGGAUCUUGAAGAAUCAAUUCAACUGGACCGUACUGCUAUGAUUCUUUGCCCUGAAGGUCAUCCUGAUCGAUUCCUUUCAUUAAACAAUCUAGCAGCUUCUCUGUAUUCUAGAUACGUACACAGCGGGAGGCCGGAGGAUCUGGAAGAAUCGAUUAAGCUGAACCGUGCUACCCUGAUACUAUGUCCUGAGGGUCAUCCACAUCGAUCUAGGUCCUUGGUCGGUCUCACUUAUCCAUUAUUCUCCCGAUUUGAACGUUAUGGACAUAGGCAUGAUUUUGAAGAGUGUGUGCAACUAUUAGAACAAGCCACUGGACAUAGAUUCUCCAGUACAUUGGAGCGCCUGAGGGCUGCGCGACGAUGGGCAACACUUACGCGAUCGCAUGGCCAUCAGACCACUCUCCGAGCUUAUGGGGCAGUGAUGUCGUUGUUACAGCGAACUCUCACUAUCAAUCCCACUCUCCAUGCUCGGCAUGACUUUCUUCGUAGAAAUCAAGAUGGGGCUUUGGCUGUGGAGGCAGCCUCCAACGCCAUUGAAGAGGGUAAACUUGGUCAGGCAGUGGAGCUGCUGGAGCAGGGAAGGGCAUUGCUUUGGUCACAGCUGCGUGGUUUCAGGACCCCCCUCGACCGGCUUGCGGGGACAAAUAAGGAGCUUGCCGACAAGUUCCAGAACGUUAGCCGCCAGAUGGAAGAUCUCGCAACAUCACCGAAGGUGCUUAUUUCCGGCUCAAGCUUGGCUCUUGCGCGGGACGUGCAAGAUGGGCAAGGAUCUUUUGACAAGAUGUUAAAGCAACAGAGGAAGUUGUCAGAAGAGCAAGAGAAGCUGAUAGAUGAUAUACGGCUAGUCCCGGGGUUUGAGGACUUUCUCAAGCCUUCACCGUUUGAAAUGCUGCGACUCGCAGCUUCGGAGGGUCCCGUCGUCGUGGUAAACCACUGUAAAUAUCGGUGUGAUGCACUCAUUAUUGUCCCUGCUGGGAAUGAUCCGCCAAUCUCCUGCAUUACGCUGGAUAAUGAUUUCUAUGAAGGAUCCUCCAAGCUAUGUCACGAACUUGUAGAAACUCGCAUACAGAAUAGGCCCGGCUCCCUUGUGUACAACGAGAAGCUCCGCGAAUCGAUGAAGAUGCUUUGGGACAAGGUCGUUUCCAAAGUUGUCCAUAAGCUCAAGGAACUCGGGUUUGCCGAAGGGUCACGCAUAUGGUGGUGUCCGACAUCUGUCCUGUCGGUACUUCCCUUUCAUGCGGCGGGUCCAUAUCGUUCUACGGACGGAACUAUGAAGUAUUUAUUAGAUGACUACAUUUCAUCCUACACGCCAACACUUGGAGCCCUCAUCAAUGCACGAUCCCCCGAUGAUGAUGGACGUGAUCCGGAAAUUCUUAUCAUCGCGGAUACCAAAUCUCUCGACUCAACCAGGAUAGAAGUUAAUGCUGUCCGACAGCGCAUUCGCAUCUACGAGACACAACCUAAAAUACUCCUUAACAUUAAGGCGUCGCAGAAGGCAGUGAUAAAGAGCCUGCAGAAUGCCACAUGGGUCCAUUUUGCUUGUCAUGGACACCUGGACAAGGAGCCCUUUGAUGCUUCAUUCAAGCUAUCUGAUAGUGGUUUGACGUUACUUGACAUUGUCAAGGCAGACCUACCGAAUGCCAAGUUCGCAUUUCUCUCAGCCUGCCAUACUGCUGAGCAAGCGCAUUUUGGCAUAUAUGAUGAAGUACUUCACUUAGCAGCAGCGAUGCAGUUUUGUGGGUUCCGGAGUGUGAUCGGCACAAUGUGGGAGCUGUACGAUCCAGACGGGCCUUCUUUAGCCAAGGGUGUUUAUGAGUAUCUUGCUGAGAGUGAGGAGAACAGAGGGAGGCAUAAGAGGGCAGCUGCAGCACUUCGGGAGGCUGUCAUGAUGCUGAAGACCAAGGAAGGGAUUCAGACCGAGAGAUGGGUUAAUAUGAUACACAUCGGUGCUUGA